CUCAAACAAAACAAAACAAUAAAAAAAAAGUGGAAAAAAUGUCUGGCGUGCCAUUACCCUCAAACCUUCUGCCUGGUGAUGGAAGCCCUGAAUGGUUUAGCAGAGCAGACAAUGCAUGGCAGCUAAUAGCUGCAACCCUAGUUGGUCUCCAAAGUGUUCCAGGGCUCAUAAUCUUGUACGGUGGAGCAGUGAAGAAGAAAUGGGCAGUGAACUCAGCAUUCAUGUCACUCUAUGCUUUUGCAUGUGUGUUUUUCUGUUGGGUUGUGUGGGGAUACAGAAUGUCUUUUGGUGAUGAGCUUCUUCCUUUCUGGGGAAAGCCUGCUAUGUCACUUGAACAUGCUUACCUUUUCAAGAGGGCCUUUUUGGGGGCAUUCCCAAAUGCCACAAUGGUGUAUUUCCAGUGUGUCUUUGCUGCCAUCACUUUGAUUCUCAUUGCUGGGGCUGUGUUGGGGCGCAUGAACUUCUAUGCUUGGAUGUUGUUUGUGCCUUUGUGGCUCACUUUCUCAUACACCUUCACAGCUUUCAGCAUAUGGAGUUCUAGUGGGUUUUUGACCAAAAUGGGGAUAAUAGACUACUCAGGUGGAUAUGUGAUCCAUUUGUCUUCCGGGGUUGCAGGAUUCACGGCUGCAUAUUGGGUUGGGCCACGGCUAAACAAGGACAGGGAAAGGUUCCCUCCAAACAACAUUCUUCUGAUGCUGGCAGGGGCAGGGCUGCUGUGGAUGGGGUGGACGGGCUUCAACGGAGGAGAUCCAUACACAGUAAACUCGGAUGCUUCCCUUGCCGUCCUCAACACCCAUGCUUGCACUGCUACCAGCUUGCUCACUUGGGUCAUCCUUGAUGUCCUCUUUUUCCGAAAGCCUUCUGUCAUUGGAGCUGUUCAAGGCAUGAUCACUGGCUUGGUUUGCAUAACCCCUGCUGCAGGUGUUGUGGAGGGAUGGGCAGCACUUAUAAUGGGAGUGUUAUCUGGCUCAAUUCCAUGGUUCACCAUGAUGGUGGUCCAUAAGAGAUCAAAGCUACUGCAGAAGGUUGAUGAUACAAUGGCAGUGUUCCACACUCAUGCCAUUGCAGGAACCCUAGGAGGACUCCUCACUGGACUCUUUGCUGAUCCAAGACUUAACAAAUUGUUCUAUGGAACUGAUGGUCAAUACGUUGGUUUCUUUUAUGGUUUAGGUUCGAAGAAGGUCAGUACCGGGUUCAGGCAAAUGGGGGUCCAAAUCCUUGGGAUUAUCUUUGUUAUCUUUGUCAAUGUUAUCAGCACAAGUUUGAUUUGCCUCUUCAUUAGAAUUUUUGUUCCGUUGAGAAUGUCUGAAGAGGAUAUGGAGAUAGGUGAUGAGGCUGCUCAUGGGGAAGAAGCUUAUGCAAUCUGGGGUCAGGGUGAUAAGCUUGAAAACUCAAGUUCUAAGUAUGGAAGUUCAUUAUAUGAUGAUGUUGAAGCUGGUGGCCCCAAGAAGAAGCGUGGCGGCACGGUUGAGAUGAUGUCGAACUAAAUAUAUAGUAUGAUAUGUCGUUGUAUUGGUCUUGGUCUUGUUUUCAGAAACAUAUAUUAAUGUGAAAUAAAAGGUCGUGAAUGUCUCAUUGUUCUUUGGGUCCUAGGAUACAUCUACUUUGUUUAUUUUACUUUCCCUAUGUUCAUUCUUCAGAACAAAUGAAUAAGAUCACUAACGGAAAUUUCGAUUGUAUA